UGUUGAUUACUUUCGUCUACUGUUAAUUGAUCAGAUGGAAGUGAUAUCACACACCGCCGAACAAUUUUCGUCUCUUCUCUUAUUUCAAUUCAGCUUAAACGUUUAUCAGACAGUUGUUCGUGCUAAAAGUGUGUAGACAAUAAUGAUGUUUAAUAAAAAGUGUGGAAUUGGUGCCGUUGUCAUUGUGGCGGUUUGUGUAAUUUUGGGUGUUUUGCUGGGAACACUUUUACCGAGAAGUAAUUCCAGCGAUGAUUCAGAAGAUCUCCCAGAUCUGCCAGUAACAUCACCCUGGUAUGGAAACGAAGAAAUUGAAAUACUUCGUCGAUAUCUGCGAAUCCCAACUGUUCAUCCAAACAUAAACUACGAACCAUGUGUAGCAUUCCUGAGGAAACAAGCUAUAAGUUUGGAUUUGCCAAUGGUAGUUUAUUAUCCAAGGAACCAAUUGAAUCCCGUUGUCGUAAUGACAUGGCAAGGAUCUCAGCCAAACUUACCAUCAAUUAUGUUAAAUUCUCAUACCGACGUCGUACCAGUAUUCGAAGAUUCGUGGGCACAUCCGCCGUUCAAUGCCGAUGUAGAUGAAGAAGGACGUAUUUUUGCGCGUGGCUCGCAGGAUGUAAAAUCACUCGGUAUGAUGUAUUUGGCAGCUAUAAGAGCUUUAAAAAAGGAUGGCAUUCAGCAACUUAAGCGAACGUUUCACAUAACAUUCGUUCCGGAUGAAGAAAUGGGCGGCUUCUAUGGAAUGGAUCCGUUUGUUCUGAGUAGUGAAUUCAGAGAAAUGAAUGUUGGUUACGCAAUGGAUGAAUCAAGAGUCUCUGAAACGAAUGCAAUUUCGGUGACAAAUGAUGAACGAUGUACAUGGAGAAUAGAAUUCAUAUUUCACGGUGUAAGCGGCCACGGUUCGUUAUUGUUCGAAAAUACGACCGGUGAGAAAAUGAACAAAUUGAUAAACAGAAUGAUGGAACGGCGAGAAAUCGAAGUAGCUAAAUUGAAUGCCUCUCAUUUUGAUUAUACGAACGUGACGACGAUCAAUCUAACUGUUAUAAAGGGCGGCGUACAGGCUAAUGUUAUUCCGCCAGAGCUUAGUGUUACAUUCGACGUUCGGCUGGGUGUUAAUGCUGAUCAUGACCAAUUUCAAAGAGAUAUCGAAACCUGGUGCGAAGAGGCUGGUGGAAAUAUUACAAUUAAUUAUGCAAUGAAGGAUCCAAAAGCUCCGACUACAAGAGCUGAUGACUCAAAUCCAGUGUGGACAGCUCUUGUCAAUGCGACAAAGGAAUUUGGCUUGGAAAUUACGCCAUCAGCAACGAUAGGCGCAACCGAUGCGAGAUUUUUACGCAGAUUAAACAUAUCUGCUUUCGGGUUUUCGCCAAUAAUAAAUACGCCAAGAUUGCUACACGACCACAAUGAAUAUGUUGGAGCCAAAGAGUAUCUAUUCGGCAUUGACGUUUACAAGAAAUUUAUUUCGAAUCUGGGUGAAAUUUGAUUUUGUAAUUAAUCCAUUCAAUUGCAGUGUUCUACAUUUUUAAAUAAAAGGUCGAUGCAUCGUACAUCAGAUC